UCUUCCAGAUGGUUUGUACCGUUGAUACAAGCAUCCUUGGAUUUUGCUGUUGGUGUUUCCAUUGUUGGUGAUGAACUUUCACUAUUAGUAUCAUCGUUGCUGGUGAAAAUUCAUUGUUGUGUCGGCAUUGUUUGUGGUAAAAUUCGUUGUUGGUGCCGCUCUUGGGAUUUUGCCAUUAAUGUUGCUGUUGCUAGUGGUAGUGAAGCAUUGCAGGUGGCGGAACUUGUCAUUGGUGCUAGUGGUUAA